AUGUCACAUCUCCGCCCGCUUCAUAUCACUACUACAUUGAGUGGGAUCAAGGUGAACAAGGUCUUGAUUGAUGGUGGUGCGACAAUUAGUCUUUUGCCUGAGAGGAUGUUAUUGAAAGUGGGAAAACAUCCUGAUGAUUUGGUCCCCACGAAUAUUACUGUGACAGAUUUUAGUGGAACCUCGACUCCAGCUAGAGGCCUGGUUACUUUGACUGUGAAAGUUGGCUCAUCUGAGCGCAACACUGUGUUUGUGGGGGUUCCAUUGAGAGCAAGCUAUAAUACUUUGUUGGGGCGAGAUUGGAUUCAUGGUGUAGGUGCAGUCCCCUCCACUGUGCAUCAAAGUGUUUUUCUAUGGACAAAGGAUGGCAAACCUGAAGUCAUCAAGGCAGAUUCGAACCUUUAUGUCAAACAACUGCACGUUGAUUUCAGGAUGUACAAUCCUAAAUUGAAGCCUUUGAAUGUUGAUCGGACACUAAAUUCUUAUAAUUGUGAAGGUUGCUACUUGUCCUCAGAGGGCUUAUCAGUGAAGUUGCGCUACCCAGAGUUGGGGUUUGAACCAACUGAAAAUAAAGAUGGUUCAUCUGAUGAAGUUGAAUCACACAGGGUUAGUCGUUUUUCUAAUUAUCAUUGUAUCAACUCGAUUUCUUCAGUCGAGUCUUGUUUUGGUUUAGAUAUUUCAAAUAUAUGUAAUGAAAGUAAUGCUUCGAAUCCAAUGGAUGACUUGAUAGCGGAAGCUCAUUGUGUUGAAAAUCGAAGUAAUGUUAAUAAAAUAAAUAAUUCAGUUCCUUCUAUUUCUGAUGACAUUAUUGAUUUCACUUUCGAUUGCAUCUAUGAUUUAGAACCACUAGGUUUCGAAAAAUAUUCGGUAAAGGAUGAUGAUCAUUAUAAAGGGUUCGAAUCUCAAGAUCCUUUAGAGGAAGUAAAUCUGGGAACUCCAGAUGAUGUUCAAAUUACAUAUAUAUGUAAAGGUCUUGUCGAUCCUUUUCGAACUGAACUCUAUAAUCUUCUACAUGAGUUUAAAGAUUGUUUUGCUUGGGGUUAUCAUGAGAUGCCUGGUCUCGAUCGUUCACUUGUGGAACAUCGAUUAGCAUUAAAACCGAAUGCUAGACCUGUAAAGCAAACUCCAAGACGUUUUUCUCCGCAAAUCAAUGAAAAAAUUAAAGAAGAAAUAGAACGCUUGAUUAAAGUGAAGUUUAUUCGAACUGCACGAUAUGUUGAAUGGGUUUCGAAUAUUGUUCCAGUAAUGAAGAAAAACGGCAAGUUAAGAGUAUGCAUUGAUUUUCGAGAUUUGAAUAAUGCAGAUAUGUUAAUUGAUUUUGCAGCAGAAAAUGAAAUCCUUAAUUUUAUGGACGGUUAUUUGGGAUAUAACCAGAUCUUCAUUGCGGAAGAUGACGUGUCUAAAACUACUUUUCGUUGUCCUGGGGGGUUAGGUACUUAUGAAUGUGUGGUUAUGCCUUUUGGUUUGAAAAAUGCUGGUGCAACGUAUCAGCGGGCAAUGAAUGCUAUUUUCUAUGAGUUUAUUGGAAAAUUUAUGGAAGUUUAUAUUUAUGACGUCAUGGUUAAAUCGAUUUCGGUGAGUCAACACAUCGACCACUUGAGACAGGCAUUUGUUACCAUGAGGAAGAAGGGAUUAAAAAUGAAUCCUUUAAAAUGUGCUUUUGGCGUAUCGGCUGGAAAUUUUUUAGGCUUUGUCGUUCAUAAGAAAGGAAUUACAAUUGAUAAAAAUAAGGCAGAUGCAAUAUUGGCAUUAUCCGCACCCAAAUCGAAGAAAGAAGUGCAGUCUUUCUUGGGUAAGGCUCCGAUUAUGGCAAAUGUUCGUCCACAUGAGCCUUUGAAACUAUAUAUUGCAGUAUUUGAGAGCACAAUUGGGUGCAUGUUAGCCCAAGAUGAUGAAGACGGGCAUGAGCGGGCAGUUUACUACCUUAGUCGAGUUCUGACUGAUAUCGAAACAAGGUAUUCUCCGAUAGAGAAAUUGUGUUUGUCUCUAUAUCAUGCUUGUAUGAAAUUGAAGUGUUAUAUGGUGGCUAAAUCGUUAUCAAAGGAAUUUAAGUGCAAUAAUGAGAGGUUGCAGGAGUAUUUGACAACUGCUUGGGAGUUGUUAACUUCUUUUCGAAGAGUUUCUUUGGUUCACAUUCCAAGAAUUCACAAUGAAAUUGCUAACGAAUUAGCCCAAAUUGCUUCGAAAUAUAAAAUCGGUCCAGGAACUCUUGAGAAAUUGGCUAGUAUUCAUCAGAUUCUAGUACCUGCGAGUGAGAAAGAAGUUUUGUGCAUGGAUGAAUGGGAAGAUAUUGAUUGGAGGAAGCCUAUUGCUCAGUAUUUAAAGGAUCCUAAUAUUCCAGUUGAUAGAAAGAUGAAUUACGGGCAAUGA